AUGUCGUUGCAAGUUUUUUCAAGUCUAAGGAAUCGUCAGAUUUCGAUUCUAGAGCGGAUGCUUCAUUUGAACAAGGAUGGGUCAGCAGACUUGACCUUAGCCUCCAAAUCGGAGGAAAUCAUAUGGAAAGUUCUUGUGCUCGAUCAGAAAUCACGAAACAUUCUAUCCUCGGUAUUGAGAGUGAAUGAUUUAUUACGGUGUGGAAUUACGGUUCAUGCUUUGAUCAAUCAACAACGUUCGAAAUUGCCUGAUGUGCCUGUCAUCUACUUUGUUGAGCCUACCAAGGAAAACAUAAGCACCAUCAUUCAUGACUUGAAUGAUGACAAGUAUGACAUCUAUUAUAUCAAUUUCACAUCACAUUUACCCCGUGAUUUGUUGGAAGAAUUUGCUAAGCAAGUAGCAUUGCUGGGUAAAGCGUCGAGAAUAAAGCAAGUUUGGGAUCAAUAUUUGGAUUUUGUUGUUACUGAGCCCAAUUUGUUUUCAUUAAACUUGAACAAUAUUUUCACAACCUUCAACACGUCACAGACGAAAGAGGAUACAAUUCAUGCUUUGGUGGGCACUAUUGCCGAUGGGUUGUUGUCACUCAUUAUAAGCUUGGACGUUGUUCCGAUAAUACGCGCACAACAACAUGGUCCAGCUGAAUUUGUGGCACAAGAACUCGACUUGAAGUUGCGCGAGUACUUGAGUAAUGCCAAGCUGUUGGGUAAUGAUCAUAAUGCAGCAUUAACUCAACGGCCGGUGCUUAUUUUGUUGGAUAGAAACUUUGACUUGGCGUCAAUGUUUGCUCAUUCUUGGAUAUAUCAAUGUAUGGUGAGUGAUGUUUACCUGUUAAAGAGAAACACCAUCAAGUUGCGCAAAACCACCAAGGAUAAGAAUGGCGUUGAAUCAGAAACAGUGAAAAAUUAUGACAUUGACCCACGCGAUUUCUUUUGGAGCAAGUAUGCCCAAUUACCCUUUCCUGAUGUGGUUGAGAGUGCCGACGUUGAAUUGAACUCUUAUAAACAAGAGGCGAAGGAGAUCACCAACAAGACAGGAAUAUCGUCAUUGGAUGACAUUGAUCAAAACUCUACUAGCUCCACUGCCAAUAUUCAACAAGCAGUGGAGAAAUUGCCUGAAUUGACAGCAAGAAAGGCGACUUUGGAUAUGCAUAUGGACAUUCUAUCCAAUUUGAUUAAUGAAUUACAAGCUAAAAACUUGGACACCUAUUUCGAAAUUGAGCAAAACGCUGGUGGAAAUCACAACGAUACCAAAAUCUUGAAGGAGUUUUUGGAUUUAUUGACUGACGACGAUGCUAAGCAGGACACCUCAUUGGAUAAAUUACGUACAUUGAUCAUUUUGACUCUUGUUAGUGAUCAUUUAUCUUUGGAUUACAUUUCGAAAGUCAAGUCCAUUUUGCUUCAACACUAUCCCCAAUUGGACAUGUCGGCAUAUGACUACAUUUUGAAAUUCAAAGAACACCUGAAAAUUGCCAAUUUAUCCAAUUUAUCUGAUUCCUACAGUAGUGGGCAUAGCGGCAGUGGGGGCUUGUCCUCCUCAUCCUCAAACGCACAAACCUCCUCAGCUUUGCUUAGUGGGUUGUCAUCAAAACUUUAUGGUUUGACAGAGGGCCGUAUUUCGGAAGGGUUGAGUUCAAUAGCGUCAAAAAUCAAGAAUUUCAUCCCUGAACGAAACUUGCUUCCCAUAACCAAGAUUGUUGAAGCGAUCAUGGAUCCAAGUAGUUCCAAUCAACAAUCAAUCGCAUUAACUGACGAAUAUCUUUACUUCGAUCCUAAAUCACGGGGUGGUGGCCAUUCAAAACCACCAAAGCGACAAUCGUAUACUGACCUGAUUGUGUUCGUAGUUGGCGGAGGAAACUAUUUGGAAUAUGUCGAUUUGACUGAGUGGAGUGGACAACGUGGAGAUGGCGAGGGAAUUAGAAGUGGCGUUGGUGGUGUAGGAGGAGGUAGUGGUGGUGGAGGCCCCGGAGGCGCUGGAGUUGGUGCAGCUGGUGGGAGCGGUGCAGGUGCGGGUGCAAAUGUUGGUGAAAAGGGUAGGUUUAAUGUCAUUUACGGAAGUACCGAUAUUCUUUCAGCAACUGAGUUUUUAAAAGAAUGUCAACAAUUGAGCAAGAAUUAG